CAUAUGGCGUAUUAAUAAAAGUGCAAAGCCAUCGAUUAGAUGGGUAUAAAAGCCGAUGAAUAGAGACUGAAGUAAACUCCUCUGUUUUCUUGGUCUUCGAGGUACCGUCUGUGAUGAAGAUCUUGGUAUUCUGCAUUGCCCUAGGCUUGAGCCAUGCGGCCGAGCUGGAUCGGUUUUUCCGGAUCGUGAAUUCAGUGAUCCGGGAUCCCACCGAUUCCAUGAGGAUCAAGAGGAUUGAGAACGUGGAACCUGAGGAUUGUGCAAAGCUGUGCUGGGAGAAUGUCCGCUGUAAGACGGUAGAGUACAAAGAGGAGCACCACAAAUGUGAUCUCUCCACUGCAGAUUACCAAAACCCCAACCACACCAUCAUCACAAGUCCGUACGGCUGGGAAACCUACGCCCUCUACCCAGACGCGAGAGAAUUGGCCGAGUUGGAGGUCACUGUAGCUGAGAAGUUAGCAGAGAAGACCAAAGUAGAGGCUCAGCAUACAUCCGCCGUGAACGUGUCCGAUCAGCUUCACAGCCUAAUGACGGAAGCCACCGAAGAGCUGGCGGACAUGCACGAAUCACUAACGGCAAUGGCCGAGACUAAAGCCGAGUAUGAGGAGCGGAAACAGACUUUGGAGGAAAUGGUUGCCCGCUACGAGAGCAUGUUGAAGAAGGCAGAGGCCAGUCAUGGACAGACUCAGAGUAACAUCGAGGCGAAAGCCAAGAGUAUUGCCGAAGUUCAGGAGCUGAUUGCGUCCCUCAGGGAGUCAGUCAAGGAGAAGGAGACUCUGAUCAGUGAGGCCAACCAGGAGAAAAGCCAUCUGGAGGAGAGACUGAAGACUACCAGAGCCUCACACCACGAGAAGAAUCAGGUCAUCACUCAGCUCAACGCUAAGGUACAAGAACUCAAAGACAACAUUGCUGCGGUACAGGAACCGGAAGUCAUCAAGGCACGCGACUGUGCUGAGCUCUACAAGAAGUACGAUAACCGCCAGAGUGGGUCUUACACAAUCUACCCCAAUGGACCAACCAGAAGUGGGGUCAAAGUUUACUGUGACAUGGGCAAUGGUGGUGGAUGGACAGUCAUCCAGAAACGGGACACCACCAAAUCUUGCCGAUACGACUUCAACCGGGCCUGGGCCGAAUAUAAAGCUGGCUUUGGUAAACCAGACUCCGACUACUGGAUCGGAAAUGACAUCAUCAACUCUCUGACAUCAUCGCCAGUGACCCUGCGCGUGGAGGUCGAUUCUAAAGUGUCCACGUACAGUUCGUUCCAGGUGGGCUCCGAGAGAGAAGGCUACAAACUGAAGCAGGCCGUCUACAGCAGUGGGAACGCAGGCAAUCAACUGACGGGUUUGCGUGAGAUGAAGUUUGGAACGAGAGAUCACGAGAACAACUCUGGAGCCUGCAGUGGUUCAAAUCAGGGAGGGUUCUGGUUCAAGACCAGCCGGUACUGCAGCAGGAGGAUAAUCUUCUGGUGCUCCUCUUACAGAAACAGGUGCACGACCGCCAACCUGAACGCUCGCACUCCAUACUGGUCCAGUCAAGCCAGAUCAACCGCCAUGAAGAUCAGACCACGUGGCUUUUAAGCGAGAUCUCGUGCGAGGGAAAGAGUUGUGAAACAAUACAUCGUGCAAAUAAUGUAAAUGAAGGAAUAAAU